AUGCUCUCCCUCCACACGCUCAUACUGUCAGUCAUCUCGUUUCUUGUGCUCGUUGCAGCAAUCGUCUAUCACAGUAGCAACGCGCAGAUGUUCUCAACCAUACUCGACGACGACAUGUCCUCGAAAUGCGCCAUCGUCGUAGGUUCUGGCCUCGCAGGCCUCAGCGCUGCCUCUCAGCUGGUCAAGCAGAAUGUCACAGUGCGCGUUCUCGAGCGUGCGACAAAGCCAGGAGGCAACAGCAUCAAAGCAUCCUCUGGCAUCAACGGAGCACCCACAAAGUAUCAGCCGGUCCAGGAGCCAGAGAAUGCGUUUUAUUCAGACACGGUGGUCUCAGCUGGUAAGCGGAUGUCGAAUUUCACCGCUGAGAGGGAGAGGCUCGUGAGGACAUUGACCGAGGGCUCUGCGGGCGCGGUGCAGUGGCUGGAAGAGAAGGGAGUCGACCUGUCUAAAGUUGCGCAGCUGGGCGGACAUUCGUAUGCCAGGACGCACAGGGGGACUGGACCGCCGCCAGGUUUCGCAAUUAUCAGCGCGUUGUUGAAAGGCCUCCAGGAGUCUCCUCUCUUCCACUUGCAGACCUCAUGCACUGUCACGAAAGUCCUUCAAGAGAGAAAGCGCGUGACAGGCGUAGAGUACAUGGAUGCGAACGGCAACUAUGAAGAGCUCCACGGCCCUGUGAUUUUCGCGUCAGGAGGCUUUGGGGGCGACGCGAAGGGCUUGCUCGCCCGAUACCGUCCAGAUCUCGCCGGAUAUUCGUCUACCAACGACCCUCGACCCGGAACACAACCGCUUCUUACGGCGGCGGGGGCUCGACUUAUCGACAUGGACUCGGUACAAGUACACCCGACAGGAUUCGUGGACCCGGCAGAUCCAGCUGCGCCGCUCAAGUUUCUGGCUGGAGAAGUUCUCCGAGGCGAAGGGGGCGUACUGCUGCUGAAUGGAAAGCGCUUCGUCAACGAGCUGGACACGAGGGAGAAUGUAGCAAAUGCCAUCACGUCGACACCUUCAACAUCUGAGUCCCCGCGGCAAUGGGAGGUCCAGCUCGUUCUAGAUGAAGCGAGCUACAACGCUGCCAAAUCCCAUGUCGACUUUUACGUUUUCAAGGGCCUCAUGCGAAAGACUACACUCUCUGAACUAGGCUCCGAGGCUCUUGAGACAAUCAGGCAAUAUGCCGAGACUGUUUCGAGCGGUGCCGAGGACGCCUUCGAACGAAAAGCUUUUGGGCAGUGGGGACUGAGGGCACCUGCUCCUGAGUCGGCAGUCUAUGUUGGCACAGUAACGCCCUUGAUCCACUACACCAUGGGCGGUGUGCUUAUCAGCGAGAAAAGCGAAGUCUUGUCGACGGACAACAGACCCAUCGAGGGUGUGUGGGGUGCUGGCGAGAUUACCGGUGGGCUUCACGGGCAGAAUCGACUGGGUGGUUCGUCGCUGUUGGAAUGUGUGGUUUUUGGGAGGAUUGCGGGAGAUCAGUGUGCAGGAUUUCUUAAAAACAUUGAUAUCGGCGAGCAUGGUGGUUGGACGAGAUGA